AUGUGUGCUGCAACUUCCGGAGCGAAGACAGAUUCAAGAGCGUUCAAGGAAACUCGUGCUGAGACCGCGGCAUCACGAUAUCAGCCUAUCCAAGGUCGGCAAGAUGACUUAGCAGGACGCCUGGCUGGCGUUGGAAUCAUCUUCAGAGCAGACGACGAUGGCGCCCUGCGUGUGGAGGUGGUAGCGGCGGGCGGUCCAGCGGACAAGGUUGGGAAGAUUCAGAAGGGAGACACUUUGAUUUCGAUAGAUCGAGUUGACGUGAGGAGCAUGCAACCCGAGCAGCUCGCCCCCUACAUCCUCGGCAAGGCAUUUUAUUAUGUUGAGCUCGAGCGAGAAUGGCUGGUGACGAGCUAA